AAAGAUGGAGAGAGGGAGAGAUACAGGAGAGAGAAAGAAAUGAGGAGAAUCAGGGCCAGAGAGGGAAAGAGACCAAGGGAGAGAAGGAUGAGAGAGAAGCCAAAGGUGACAGAGUGAUGGGGACCGAUGGACAGAAAGAGCGAUAAAUGAUCAGACCCCACAGACCCCUGCCCCUCACUCACUCACUGUGAACCCUGCCCCACUCCAGACAGGUGGGGAUCCAGAAGAAAGCCUCAGCUCCCCUUUUGUCUUCAGGGCCUGGCCUAUCCUGUCCUGCUGGUUUGGCUCCUGCCAUCCUCUGUGGCAAGGCUUUUGAGGGGCACCCAAUGGGAGGCAGGGCUCCAAAGCUUGUCCUGUAGGUUGACUGACGUGGCCACUGGGUGGAAUCUGAAGAGAAAACCCAGUGACACCUUCCCUUGAGGCCUGGGCAGGCCCCAGCCUGCCUUCUUUUGGGGCCCAGACUAAAAAAGACCUCAAAGGUCACCGCCAUCAUGCUCUUCGCUGUACAGAGGAGGAAAUUGAGGCCUAGAGAGGGAGAGGGACAAGCCUGAAGUCACAAAACCAGGUCAUGGCCUAGUUGGAACUAACUUUGAUGGAUGCUGAGGCCUGAAAAUCUGGAGACUUGCUUUCUCCUGGUCAAUUUGCUUCCUGCCCAGGGAUGUCCUGAGACUUUAGCGACAGUAUCCUGGAUGCCAGUCCCUGGGUGGAGAGUUUUACCCAACAUCCCGUGAACUGACUACUGUGAUAAGACCCAUCAUACAGAUAAGGAGACUGAGGCUCAGAGAAGUUAAGACUUCAAAGCCUGAGGUCACACAGUGUCAAUACUCCAGAUAGGUCUGUUUGACCUUGAAAGUUGGGUUCCUGCCAUGGGACCUCCCAGCUACAGUGGGUAAUGAGCUCUGUAAUAUGGAAAAGGUGGGCAGAGGUGGGUGGCCAUUCCUCCAGUUAGGGAAAAUUACCAGAACAAUGGUUUCAAAACAUUAGAAUUCUUCCCAGAGGGACCCACCUUUGUUCAGUGGUGUUCCUACCUUUAGGAACCCCAGGUCUCCCUACCCUUCCCACCACCACACUCUAUUCCACAUCCCUUUUCUCAACCUCUGAAGAGAAGGAGUUUGGCUCUGGGCUACUCCCACCCUCUCUCCCUCUUCGUUGUCCCCAGCCAUGACCUCCUGAACCACAGGCCCAGGCUGGUUCUGAGUAUAGAGGUGGGCCUGCACACCCUAAAGCCCCCCUUCUACCUGCUAUGCACAGUGAGCAUCUCCCCCAGCUCUACCCGUGGCUCUGCCUCACUGGGGUUCACCCUCCUGGAAGAGACUUGGAUGGAGAUUGGGAGGAAUGUUGGAGGAGCAGUAGGCUGAUGGGAAGAAUGACAGACAAUCACUUUCCCUACCAGCUCUGAUCUCCCAGUAAAGCUUUCCAAGAACUAUACUGCCAGCCUCUAACACCUCCCUAGCUAGAUCCUGUCCCCUGAGGUUUCCUCACCCUCAACAAUCCUCAGUUUCUUCAUCUGCAUUAUGGGUGUAAGCACCCCAACUUCCCUGGAUGAUUGGAAGGCGAAUGAUACGUUAGCUUUGGGACACAGGAACACGUGCUGGCUGUAAACUCUCCCUAGUGGAGAGGCCAGUCCUCUUGGGGAGCACAUGAUGCUACUGUGUCCCACUGGUGGCUACAGUCCAAGGAUGGAGAUGGUUGCAGACUGAGACCCCUGCCCAGCCCUCUACUCCUCUGAGGGCCAUAGUCCCUUUAAGUCUGGAGCAUAGCUCCGCCCCAUGUUGCUCUCAAGUUCUGCUCUGGCUAUGUUUCCACCAUCAGAUCAAGAGGGUUGCUGCUUGGCCAGGCCUCUGCCUUUGAGUCCCAGGAAAUAGAGAGCCCUGGGGUGCUGUUCCCUGAUUGUGCCAAGAGGCUUUCUUAGAACCAACCCUGGGUGAUGGUGGGAGGGCACACUCCAGGUGGCCAGGAGAUGGAUGCUCCCUUUACCAGAAAUCUCAGGAGCUCCCAGGGUGGGGGUAGCUACAGGGCCCAAACCCUGCCCUCACCUCUUUCACCCAACUCUGGUAGAGGCCAUGGCCCUCUGCCAACUUCAUGGAGGUGGGUGUGGCAGCCACUACUGGGGUGGGGGUCUAAGGAUGAGUUCUGGGAGCUUCCUCUGAGCCCCUGAACCCUCUUCCCUCCCUAGGAAGAAAGGGAUCCCCUCCUGGCCCCCUGCCCCAGGGCCCAAGGCUUUGGCUCCCACAGUCCCCAUCCAGGCGGGGCUGGCAGCAGGUGACUGGAUGAGAAAGGCAUGGUGAAUGGGGGCGUGGGCCUUGGCAAGUACACUCCUUGGCCAAUCAGCGGCCUGCCCAGCCGGUGGAUUCAGUUACAAGCCAGAGAUCACCCCAUACUCCAGCCUCCUUCCUACUCCUCCCAAAGCUCCAUUCAUUGGCCCUGCCGCAGGGUCUGCAGGGCACCGCUUCCGCUCAGCUGCUUAAAUCUGCUGCCUCGUGGGCUGCCAGGGGUAGGUGUUGUGGGGGCUUUGUCUGACUGGGCUGGGCCAGGACAGAAUGGGAAUUCUGGUAGUGCUGUUAGGGAUGCUGAGCUUCCUGGGAGUGGCUGUGGGGAGCUCCUCUGCCCUCCUCUGGGACAGCACCUCCUGCCACUUGGCCAGGCCCAUCCCCGGCAGCCCCUUGGGGACCCUGAGCUUUCUGGGCAAGAAUGCCCAGGGACUGGCCCUGGUCCACACCCACUGGGAUGAGCACGGGAGGCUGCAAUCUUGUAGCCAGCAAGACGAGCCAGAGCUCACUGCAGCCUUUAGUGCUCUCUGUGCUGGUGAGAUCACCCGGGGCACCUUCAUCCACACCCCUGGACCUGAGCUGCAGAGAGCGCUGGCCACACUUCAGAGUCAGUGGGGAGCCUGCCGAGGGACUGAAGAGGGUCCAGCAGGGGCUAGGGAGAAGCGAGCAGCAGGGGUCAGGGAAGAGCAAGCAGAAGGACACAGAGGAGCACCCAGCAGCAUAGGACACCAGCGGCUGAAGAGAGGCUGGACUAUGCCUGGCACGCUGUGGUGUGGAGUUGGGGAUUCUGCCGGAAACUCCACAGAGUUGGGGAUCUUCCAAGGCCCUGAUCUCUGCUGCCGGGAACAUGACCGAUGCCCACAGAACAUCUCGCCCUUCCAGUACAGCUAUGGUAUCAGAAACUACCGAUUCCACACCAUCUCCCACUGUGACUGUGAUGCCAGGUUCCAGCAAUGCCUGAAGAACCAGCAGGACUCCAUCUCGGACAUCGUGGGUGUGGCCUUCUUCAAUGUGCUGGAGGUCCCCUGCUUCGUGCUGGAGGAGCAGGAGGCGUGUGUGGCGUGGUACUGGUGGGGAGGGUGCAGAAGGUAUGGCUCCAUACCUCUUGCCCACCUCCAGCCCAGGACCCUCUAUAAUGCCUCCUGGAGCUCCCCAGCCACCCCCCAGCCUCCCAGCCUUCAGAACCCAGCCCCUAGCAAGCCACAACAGAAGCAGCGUCCUCAGAAGCGACCACCGCAAUGGAAAGGGUCUAAGCACCCCAUCAAAACCAACACCACAGCCCUCCGGACCCCUGUGGCCUCCACCCAGCCUGAUAUGUCCCCCACAGCCUGGCUGGAGGUCACCCAUCCAGGCCUCCAGGGGCCAUGGAGUGGCCUAAAACCUCAGGAUGUCCGCCGAGCCUGCCGCAGCUUCCGCCACUUGGAUCAAUGUGAGCAGCAGAUCAGGCCUCAGGAAACAAAGUUCCAGCUGCUCAAUAGUGCUCAUGAGCCCCUCUUCCACUGCAACUGCACACGCCGCCUGGCACGCUUCCUGAGGCUCCACAGCCCACCUGCAGGCACCAGCGUACUUUGGGAGCUGCUAGGCACAACCUGUUUCAAGCUGACCCCUCCACUGGACUGUGCUGAGGGCACAGGCUGUUUCAAAGACCCUAGGGCCAUCAAAGUGUCAGCUCGGCACUUGCAGCGACUUCAGCAGAGGCGACUCCAGCUCUGGGGUGUGACCACAGAUGAGGGGCAGGUAUGGCCUUCAAAUCACCCAAGAGCCCCCAUGUCAUUCUAUGACCGGUGUCUGCAGCUGACCCAGGCAGCCUGGAGACCUGACAGGCAGCAGAAAUCCUAGAACCACUGACCUCAGUUCCAGCUCUCCUGGGCACCAAACUGGACCUUGCUCCUGGCUCUGCUAGGCCCUGGGGGUCUUGGCCUACUCUCCAUGUGUUAGAUUGAAGCAUAGCACAGGCCCUUGUGGACAGCCAGGAGGCUGGAUGGGGGGAAGAGGGAGCAAGGCUGAAAUGCUGGACCACGUCUCCUGCUGUGCUGAGCAAUCUUGAGCUGGUGAUACAACCCCUCUGUGCUUGGAUGUGGUGUUCAAGAGGCUCAUUCUGGGGAAUGGGGAAAGGGUAACCUACUACAGCAGCCUCAGGAGGUACUAGUAAGAGGUACAUGUAUCUUCAGGUCUCAAAAUUAAUACGUGUCUCAAGACCCUGCUCAGAGGAACCCCAGCACCUAUCUGCGGAGGCCUGAGGCAGUAGGUCAGAGGAUGGGAUAUCACAGAAGUGCCUGUGUCUGAAUCCAGGAAAGAGGAGGGUGGCUAGAGAGGGCUUCCUAACUCUUCUCCCUGGGGGAUCCCUUCUCUUAACAGCUGCCAUGCCCUUCCUGGCCCAGCCCUGGCCCAAAUCUCUGUGUCAUUGAGCAAGGGGCCUCCCUGACUCCGAGCCUUAGUUUCCUCCUCUGAAAAAGCAGGGUGUAAUCAGGACCUACCUCAUAGGAUUGUUGAGGAUUAAGUAAACCAAUACAUGAACAGUGCUUAGCACCUUGUAAAUGUUCCCUCCCUGUAACAUAGAGCCAAACUGUGGUUAGGUGUCUGAUUUGGAGAGGUUCACCUCCUGGAGGCCUCAGUUUGCCCAUCUGUGAAAGGGGUCUAAGAAUUGCACUGAACUCAAUACCACAACUCAGGGUUGUGGUGCAGAUUAAAAGAGAUGGCAUGUGUAAUGUA